GGGGAUUUCUCAGUGGAAGUUCCCAGAUAAGAUACAUGUUAGACUCAGGACAGUUUCACUGUGGGCUGCAUUUUGAAAACCUGGUGACAAAGCUUUCAGACAACAUAAUUGCCUAAAUAUUUAAAGAAGAAUAAUCUAUGACUCAGAAGUAACCAAGAGGUUUCUAAUAAGAUCUUUGUCAUUGACACUAUCCUUUUCAGUGAUGCUACAGGACAGAGAGGAAUGGACAAAAACAUGGGAGAGCAGCUCAAUAAAGCUUAUGAAGCCUUCCGUCAGGCAUGCAUGGACAGAGAUUCUGCUGUAAAAGAACUACAACAAAAGCAGACUGAAAACUAUGAACAGAGAAUACGUGAACAACAGGAACAGCUGUCACUUCAACAAAGUAUUAUUGACAAGCUAAAAUCACAGUUAUUUCUUGUGAAUUCCAGCAGAGAUAAUGUCCAUGGCUAUGUACCUAUGCUGGAAGAGAGUGAAAAAAGGAAAAAUGACACAACUCUUAAUGUAACUUUUGAUCAGCCCCAUGACAAAGUGAAAUCAGGAAUUUCAAGAGAAAAACAUUCAAAGCCGCAUCCACGUCCUGGCUUCACCAUAAUGUCUUUGGUCUCAACCUAUCUAAAACUGGUAAAAAGACCAGAGACUUCACCUAGACAGGAAAAUUCUCCAGGGAAUCCUGACUUUCCUUUAUUCAAUAAAAGGGAAGAAAUAGAGAAGACUUUCUGUGAAAUGAAAGAAGAAUUCCAUAGGAUAUGUAUGUUAGCAAGAGUACAGAGAGACCACUUAAACAGACUUAAUAUUCAAGAACCUAUACCUGAAAUACAAUUCUCUAUGCCUAUACAAUGUACUGAUAAAACUGAUGAACAACCAGAAGAACCUUUUAAGCCUCAAGUUAAGGACAUUAUAAAUAGAGGGUCAUCGUGCAUCACAUCUGUCACACCGAGAGGACUGGGCCAAGAGGAGGAAGACAACUCUUUAGAAUCACUUUCCAAAUUUAAUGUCAAGUUUCCCCCUACAGAUAAUGACUCUACUUUCUUGCAUAGCACUCCAGAUAAACCUCAAGUUAUGGGUCCAGCCAGAACUGAGCCUGUAGGUCAGGAUAAAUUUGAUAGGGAACUUAGGGACGAUUCGAUGAAUUUUGUGAAACCAGAAGAUACUCUAUUUGAAAUGAAUAGAAUUGACCUCAUAACUUCAGCGAUGCAAAACAUGACAACUUCUGACAAGACAAAACCCUCAAACCCUAUCAAUACAUGUAUGAAGACAACUCUGGAGAAAGCAACAUGUUUGCCAGCUGGAGACCAUGAUAUCAUAUAUGUAAAUACGUUCCUCCAAGUUCAGGACACCCCAGAGGUACUGUUUGCAUCACCAGAUUCCCCAGGAAGAGCUGUCCGAGGACCACAGCAGCCUCUCUGGAAGCCUUACCCUAAUCAAGAGGAUGACUUAUUGGCACUAAGUAGUACAGACUCAGAACUGCACAUACCUCAAGUAUGUGAAUUCUGUCAAGCAGUUUUCCCACCAUCAAUUACAUCCACAGGGGAUUUCCUUCGGCAUCUUAAUUCACACUUUAAUGGAGAGUCUUGAGACAUUUUUUAAGACAAUGUGGACGUGGGAUGAUUUUUGGUUUGUAAUCCUAUAAAUACUUGACUGUAAAUGGAAAUAUCCAUGUAACAUCUUUAGAAUAGAUGUUUAUAAUAUAAUUCAUUGCUCUAGGUGUUUAGAUUGUUUUUCUAAACAUAUUUUUAAACUUUAUGUUAUAAUCAUUUAAAAUAUCAUCUCAGUAAAAAAAAACCCUGUAAUUUAGUGUAUUUGUAUUUAAAGUGUCAUUACUGGAAGUCAAUAUUACCUGUGUAAUUUAGAGAGUAGUAUAAUCAUAAUUAAAUGUAACAUCAAGUAUCUAAGCAUAUUGCUUGGAUUACAAGUUAGAUAUUUUCAAUUUGAAAAUGUUAGAUAUUUAUGAAAGAUUCCUUUUUGUUAAAAUAGGUAAAAUAUUUAUGCUGUAUGGAAUGUCCUUUUCAGAUAGACCUACAGUAGACAAAUAGGCAUUAUAAAAAUCCAGAGUAAAAAACCAAGCUUAAGACAUUUGUCACCUGCUGGUGAAAAAUUUUACUUUGGUCUACCUAUACAAUUAUCUGAUAUAUUUUUUCUAAUAGAAGUAAUGAUUUGAUUGACUUUAUUUUGAUAAUCUAUAUAGUCUUAAUUGUAUGAUGUAUAUCUAUACUUGAUAGAAAUGUAUUAUUAAAUAUUAAAUUUGUUACUUAUACUGUGAUCCGUAUUAACGAAAGAAAUAUAUAUUCUAUUUCUGUAGGAGAUUCUAUUUGGAAUGAAAGACUUUAGUUUUAGCAUGAAGUUCUAAAUACCUAUUUUCUUUCCGUUAACCCACUGAAGGAGUAAUGAUAAAUCUGGGAAAAGUAUAAUCAAUGCUAUCCAUUGGAUUUUAUUACGGUAUUUAUUACUUUACAUUUUGAAGGUCACAUUCAUGCUAACAGAACUUGAACUAUUUUAAUUUAGUUUGGUUUAUUCUAAAAAGGACUGCCAUAGCUUUCGAUAUUUUAGUUGGGAAUAUUUCAUAUUCUAGCUGAGGCAUUCUCUCUCAGCAUGGGUCUGGCAGCCUGAUUCUCUGCCAAUGGAUAAGGUUUUGAGACUUUGAGGGGGAAAACAUGCAGCACAGCACUUUAAAAUAAAGCUUCCCUUAAGUUUACUUUCUCUACCACAUUGGGCACUUUAAAACUUAACCUCCCUUCUCUCUUGUUUUAAGAGCUACAUGGAGCUUACUUUCCCAUUGUUAUCAAGGAAAAAAAUAGAUUUGCAUCACCUAAGAACAGGACUUUCUUCGGCUUCUUUAUAAAGCUAGACGUCUUAGGAAAAUAUUUUAAUUCUUUGAUUUUGGCUAUGAGGAUUCUCAGCCUGGUGCUGUGAAUAGAACUAAAUAGGGAGUCUUAUCUGUGUGAAAGAAUGAGAAGUGCCAGUGGCAUUGGAUUGACAUUUCCCUCACCUCCAUCAACUUAGGUUGAUUAUUACAGUAUUUGCUAUGAAGGAUUUUGAAGCCUUCGGAUCUUUAUUUCAUUGCCAAAGGAAAUGAAUGGAAAUGCAAGGCCCUGGUUAUAUUAUGGGCCAUGUCCCUACUUUCUCUAACAUCGACCACUCUCCAAGCUUUUCUUUCUAGCACGUGUAAUCUGAAGUGUCUGCUUCCUGAGCUGACGGUUCCAGAAAGGGGGCCCAAGGAAAGAAUGGCGGUCCUCACACACGGCUGACCCCCUACACAUAUGCCUGACUUUUCCUCAGAGGAGCAAAGACUUGGAGGUUGUUAAUAACCUAAUUAGACUUAUUUACCUUUUUUUAUCUUGUCCAUUUAUUUGGGUCAUAUUACAUUGAUCCCCAUCUACCCCUUCUUGCCCCAUCCCUCCAAAAGUCCCA